GAUAGUCAAGCCUGCAUUUUUGCUACGUGAUUCGAUUCAUGUGUGUCGCGUGUGCACUCUGCGAAAAAUGACAAUAAAUUUCUCGAUUUGUAACUGUUCGUAGCGACGAGUGUACUGAUAAGGGAUGUACACGUACGUAGACGCGUGCAUACCAAGGACUUGUCAAGUAAUUCUGUUAACAAUACACGGAGAGAACACGUGAAACAAGGAGCCUUUCGGAGAAAUAAGUUUUUCCCCUCAUUUUUCUUGUUUUUCUGUUUUCCUUUUCUUUGAUUCUUCGCUAUCUUAUCGGCGCGCUGAUUGAAUAUUAAAAGGACGACAUACCCGAAAUAAAAGUGACGAUGGCAAACGAAAUUUCGGUAAACAUCCUGACGCUAAACUGCUGGGGCAUACCAUAUGUUUCGAAAGACAGGAGCACACGUAUGUCUGCUAUUGCGGACAAAUGCGCCAGCAGAGAGUAUGACAUAAUUUGUUUACAAGAAGUAUGGUCCGUUGAUGAUUUCAACAUGAUAAAGGCAAGGGCGCAAGAAGUACUUCCUUAUUCCCAUUACUUUUAUAGUGGAGUCUUUGGAUCAGGGAUAUGCAUCUUGUCACGAUAUCCCAUUCACGAUGUUAUGUUCCACAAAUGGCCCUUAAAUGGUUACGUACACAAGAUACAUCAUGGGGACUGGUUCGGUGGCAAAGGUGUUGGAUUAUGUAAAAUAAAAAUUCGCAACAUGAAUAUUAAUGUUUAUAUCACACAUUUACAUGCGGAAUAUAAUCGAGACAAUGACGAAUAUAUGGCUCACAGAGUGCUGCAAGCGUUUGAUACUGCCCAAUUUGUAAGGAUGACAAGCGGUGGCGCGGAUGCUGUCAUAUUGGCUGGCGAUCUUAAUACUGAAUCGCAAGAUUUAGCAUAUAAAAUUAUACGUGGCGUUGCCGAUUUAGCGGACACAUGCCCCAAUAGUUCGAGCCAUAUAGGGACCAACGAAUGUGCCAAUAAUAGUUACACCAGCUCAAAACUUGCUCGAACAAAGCCGGAUGGAAAGCGUAUUGAUCACAUUAUGUAUUUAGGUUCAGGAACUAUCAAAGUUGAAGUUACGAAUUUCCAACAUCCGUUGCCAAAUCGCGUACCAUAUAAGAAUUUUAGUUAUUCAGAUCACGAAGCAGUAAUGGCUACACUUAAAUUUACUAAUGAAAACCAUGGCAAAGACACUUUAGAUGUUACCGAUUCCUUGAAAGAAGCAAUAGUAAUUUGUGAAAACGCAUUGAAAAGUGUACAGCGCCAACGUUUCUGGUACGCGGUGUCAGCCGGUAUAUUAGUCAUUCCAUUAAUUUGGUCUAUUUGGCUAAAUUGCUUGAAUACAUCUCUAGCUGUAGACAUCGGUUUGAAUAUAGCAUGCAUUCUUUUAACUGCGAUAUUAUGUUACACUCUCUUUAUGAGUUCGAUAUGGAACAGCGUAGAAAAGAAUGCAUUAAAAGCAGGACGUUUAGGUAUAGAAAUUUACAUGACCCAAUUGGGUAACAUCAAUGGUCCACAUCAAAAUUGAAUGUACAAUACUUUCAAAAGAAUUUGGAUUGCAAAAGUUGAGCUCAAACGAAAAGUUUAUUAAAUAAAAAAUAUAUAUAUAUAUAUAUUUCUCUAAUAUUAUACAAAGAAUUCUAUAACAUACCUAUGUGAUAAAUUUUAAGAUUAUAUUUAUUUGCAUUUAAGUAGUAUUUAGUACUAUCUUAUUAAUUGAAUAAAAUUUAAAAGAUUGAGUUGGACUCAAAAAGCAUUUCAAAAGCAAGAUAUGAACAUUUAAAACAAUUUAAAUUGUAAAACUAUAUAUCAUUAGAUUCACAAUGACUGAUUUUUUCUUUUUAAGUUAUUGAGAAAGAGCUACCAAUUAUAUUAUAUAUAAGUUUAAAACCUAUGUUGUGUAUUUAGUACUAUAGUACACAAUAUUAUCGAAUCUUAUAUAAAUUAUACAUAUCAUUCUACAGGAUAUCAGCAUUGCCGUAAAAUAUAUCUAUUGUAUAUGCUUCGAUUAUAAUAUCAAAGUUUAAUUUAGUCUUCAAAUCCAGUCUUUCAAAUGCUCUCAUUUUAUAUGAAUUGUAUUUUGCAUUUUUAAUAAUAAUAAAAUAUAUGAAAGC